UGUAUGUUUUCGCCUUUAGUUUGCUUAAAAUUAUCGAAAAUUGCAUAGCAAUAAUGCGUACUACUUAGUUAUGCAUUAAAUAAGCGCAACAAGUGGCCAAAUACAAAUUUUACUGCAUUUCAAGUGCCUUACAACACUAAACACACACACAAGUCUAUUCUACCCAAUCCCACACACACAGAGAUACGCGCGCAAUACUACAACAAGUUGAGCUGCUUUCGUCGUAGUUUGUGAGAGAGCAUUCGAGGAGAAUAAUUACGCCGAAAAUGUUGAAUGUUAAUUAAUGCAUAAUUAAAUUAUAUACCAUCUGUGUGAGCAUAAGAGUGUUAGUGUGAAAUAGUUUGCAAAGUGUGAGCCGAGAAAGAAAAAAUAUCCCCAACGCGAGGAUCAGUAUCGUGUUAUUUUAGAGAGCGUGCGAAAAAAGUAUAAACAAGUGAAUUUAUAAAUACAAAAUUAUUAAUAUAAACAAGUGCAAUUAAGCAAAUAAAACGACAUAUUGUUUUCUGUAUUGAGCCCCGAAAGCAGAUUAGCGCUUAAGCAGCAGAAGCAACAACACCAACAGCAACGACGACAACGAAAACCACAACAACAAUAAUAUUAACAACAAGAAAGCAACGUGACGUAAAAUUUUAUAAUAAUAAUUUAUACGAUAAGCCAAGUCCAGUCUAAUCAGCUGCCAAAAUGGAGUCCAUGGAAUACGAGAUGGCACGCAACAUGACGUUGCUCUUCUUUUUGGAACGCCUGCUGGACAAGGGAGAGCCGCGCACCGUGCACGAUUUGUCCUGCCAAUUUGGCAACAAGGAGUUCACCAAGGAGAUGCGCCAGAUUGCCGGUGGCAGUCAGUCCGGUCUGAAGAAAUUUCUUGCACAAUAUCCAUCGAUAUUUCUAGUCGAUGGUGACUACGUGCAGGUCAAUGCCUAUCAGCAUAGCAAUGCUGAUGAUGGCAGCCUUGGCGGCAAACGCGAUUAUAUACAAGAGGCUAAAGACUACUUCAAGAACAAGAUGCUACAGUAUGGGACGGAGGCGGAGGUGCCGGUGCGCAGUUUAUUGGGGCAUCGGUCCCAAGCCUCGCCGCAGGUCCGUCAUAUAUCCGGUCAACACAUCAAGGAGUUCACCGACUUCCUUAUGAAGCACACGGACACAUUUAGGGUUAUCGAUGAUCAUGUUAUGCUCGUCGGUUGUGAGAAUAUGACCGAUCUGCCGGCCAGAGACCGUCUACACUUGCCACAAACGAACAUUGAUACGCGUGGCACCCAGCAAAUGCUGGAUUUUUUCGCCCAAUGCAUUGAAUUCAAGGGUCCUAUGCUGGUGGAGCAGCUCUUCCAUUUGCUGACCACCAACUUCCCGCAGGAUCAGUGGCUACGUAUGUUCAAAACCCCGGGCGAUUUGAGCACGUUCCUGAAGCUCUUUUCCGAUUGCUUUCACAUGCAAGCCAAUCUAGUCACAUUGCUGCAGAAGCCCAAGCUCAGCGACUCGCAUAUACAGCAGGUGCAGGCGAGAUCUCGGGAGCAGUUCAAUACCCUUAACAAUAAUCAGCGCAAUCAGCGGGAGUCGACGGUGCAGCAGCGUUUGCGCAAUGGUCUUACACAUUCUAACAACAACAAUAACAUUAAUAAUAAUACGAACAGCAGCAGCAACAACAAUAGCAAUAGCAGCAACAACAACAUUACGUCACCGAACUUCAAACUGAAUGCGCCCGUUUCAAAUAUGACGGGCAACAAUGGUAGCGCCACCGGGAACGGAAGCGGCAGUGGUAGUGGCAGCGGAGACAAGUCGGAACCGAAUUCUGGUUUUGACAGCUACGUGCCAAUGUCUGAGGUGAAGCUGGAGAAUUUAUGUGAGAACAAUUAUCCAGGCGAAAACAUAUCGUAUGCGCCGAUCAAUACGCACGAUGCAGUACCACAACAGGCACAUCAGCAGCAGCAGCAGCAGCCGACCUCCAAUACCUCCGAGCGGCAGAACAGCGCCAAUCAGACGCUGAAGGAGCGCAUCAACAGUCUGGUGAAGCGGAAUCUUGCAGAGAAUUUGGAAAAGGACAAACAAUCGCUGGCGAAUCAAACAAAUGCAACUGCUUCAUCGAUCUACAAUACACAAAACUCAACGCACUCGAGUCCUGUACAUUCCACAAAUGCGGCGGCUAACAAUGCCAAUGCCAAUCACUCACCUAGUCACAGUUACUUCGUCGGCGACACCUGGAAGAUAAAGGUGUUUCAGAACACCAGCGUCAUAUAUAAAGUGAAGGAUGCGCUGUUCGUAACGGAAGCCAUAUUGAAAAUCGCAUCGAGUAGCCAAAGCAUUGUCAUAUCUCUGGACUGUGAGGGCAUCAAUCUGGGCCUAAAGGGUGAAAUAACGCUCAUUGAAAUUGGUACUACGCGUGGCGAGGCCUUCCUGUUCGAUGUGCGUGCCUGCCCCGAAAUUAUUACCGAUGGUGGCCUGAAAACCCUCCUCGAGCACGAGCAUGUGAUUAAAGUAAUACACGAUUGCCGGAACGAUGCGGCCAAUUUGUAUCUGCAAUUCGGUAUAUUGUUGCGCAACGUCUUCGACACACAGGCGGCUCAUGCGAUAUUGCAGUACCAGGAGAAUGGGAAGCAAGUCUAUAAAGCCAAAUACAUAUCGCUCAACUCGCUGUGCGAGCAAUACAAUGCACCCUGUAAUCCCAUUAAGGAUCAGUUGAAACAGGUCUACAGGCGCGAUCAGAAGUUUUGGGCCAAGCGUCCCUUGACACGCGAAAUGAUACUUUAUGCGGCCGGCGAUGUCCUUGUCCUCAUCAACGAUCAAUUGUUUGGCAAUCUGGCACGCCAAAUAAAGCCCGAGAAUAAACAGCUCUUCUCCGAGCUCUGCACCGAGCAAAUACUCAUGCAAAUCAAGCCCACCGAGGUCAAGAUACGCAAGAAGCAACGAAAAGUAAGCACAGAGGUCUCCGAUCUCAAGCAGAAGCUCGCACAGACUAGCAAGAGCAUUGUGCUCUCGAAUCGCGAGAUACGUUUGCUGCGUUAUAUGGAUUUGACGGAAGAAGAGAAGGAGCGUCUUAAAGGGUAUUAUAAAGUUGCCAAAAAGCUGGAGAAAAUGGAGUCUGCUGGCAAUGCCAACAAAGAUCAAAGCGAUUCCGAGGAUGAGCCGGAACCCAACGAGAAUGACAAUUUUCCCAGCUUGGAUUCGGUUCCUUCGGACAAUUCACUGUCGGGUACCUUCUCGCCGCGUUUCAGCUCUGAGCCGCCAAGCUUGACUGAAUCUAUGCAAAUGCUAGAAGAGAUAUUGUCGGAUAAGACGAUGGAUCGUCUGGCUCGCAUCGAUAAAAUCGAGGCAAUAUUGUCGACUGCCUCAACGCUGCCAUGCGAUCAAAUAAUUAGUUCCAACCCAAUGCAGGAACAAUUGGGUAUAGUAACCGCAGAGAAUCUGCAAAUUAUACGUGAGAAAUCGAGAAACAUGAAGAACUGCAAUUGCCAGGGUGAACGAAGUGUUACGCCGAUUUUGCGCUCCAACGACAAACGUGUUGUGAAAUUGGUUGAUGCCGAGUCUCAAACUCUCAGCACUGGUGACAUCGUCAUAACGAAAGUAUUUUUCCAAGAUGAACACAACAAGGCUAAGGAAACAGCCGUAUUGGCCAACUCUCCGAAAAGGGUGGCCUUGAAUUGAAAUUAUUAAACGAAGUAAAUUGAUAACUUUUAUAAGUUUGUGCUGGAAGUGGAUUUAACAAAAUGAUUCCUAAACUAAACGUGUAUAACAAGUAAAGCGCAGCUAUAUUAUUUUUACAUAGAUUUAUUUUUAACACAUGUUAUUAUUGGACUCCUUUGAAAGCUAAGGGGACCACCAUUUCACCUAACUAUCAUUAUAUAACUAUGCAAUAAUUUCUACAAUUGAAAAGCAAUAUGUUUUGUGCCUAAAUGUUGAACAUUGCAAUAACAAUAUAUAGACCCCUAAUUUAUCUGUUAACUAUUCGCUAAUAAUUAUGUAAAAUUUUCCUUUUGCGCACACCCCAGGAAUUGCAAUAGCUUUCAAGUCAAAUUAAAAUCGUAAGUGAGAAGUUUUUACGGCGCCAAACAAUCAUUAACAAAAAUAUUUAAUUCAUUUAACUAACAACAAAUAUUAUACUGCUUUGGACCAAUUGUGCGUAAAAUAAAAAUCUUUAAAAUCAA